AUGGUGGACCACGAGGCCCUGGCCCUCAUGGAGCUGGGGGCGCCCAACCCAGAGUCCUCCAAGAAGCGGCCCUCCCACCACCCGCCCCAGUCCCCGGGCGCAUCCCCCGCGUCCAACGGCUCACCGGACGGCGAAGGGGUGAACGACGCAGGGGAGGGGGAUGUGGCCAGCGAGGCGGCCACCCUGCCUUGGACUCCCUGCACCCCGUCGACCCCUCAGCCCAGCGCUCCCCUGGCCGACCCUCCCGAGCCGCUGACCCCGCCGGGGUCCCGGGCCGUGGUGCCCAUCGACCCUCAGUGCGUGGAGCUGUGCCCGGCCCCGCCGCGGCCUACCACCGACCUCAUCGUCCGCUACGAGAGCGAGACGGGCCACCCGCCGGACCCUCCCUACCCGGCCGUGGUGGGAUCCCCCGGCCGCAAGUGGGAGGCCGCGGCGGGGGGAUCACCGGGCCGCAAAUGGGAGGCCGCGGCGGGAGGGUCCCCCAGCCGCAAAUGGGAGGCCGCGGCGGCGGAGCCUCCCUGUAGGAAGUGGGAGAUGGUAGGCCGGGAGCGGGCAGGGUGGUCCCGGUGCCCGUUGGGGUGCCGGGGCGGCGGGCGCGGCGAGCGGGACGGCUGGCGGGCCGUGGCGUCCAUGGGGGCCGCCCUGGUGCUGUUCCCCUGCCUGCUGUACGGCGCCUUCACCCUCCUGCCCUUCGACGCCCCGCGCCUGCCCACGCUGGCCUCCCGCCUCGUCUACACCCUGCGCUGCGGCGUCUUCGCCACCUUCCCCAUAGUGCUGGGCCUGCUGGUCCACGGCGUGUCCCUGCUGUGCUUCGGCUCCCCACGGCCGUUCACGGCCCCCCGACCCGAGGUAGAGCUGCACCGCCGCUACGUGGGUCAGUCGGUCCAGCUGUUCGUGCUGUACUUCUUCAACCUGGCCGUGCUGGCCACCCACCUGCCGCAGGACCUCCUCAAGCUGCUGCCGCUGCUCGCCGGACUCUUCGCCAUCUCCCGGCUGGUGUACUGGGUGACCUUCGCCAUGGGCCGAUCUUUCCGCGGCUUUGGGUUCGGGCUGACGUUCCUGCCGCUGCUGGCCAUGCUGGGUUGGAACCUGUACCACAUGUUCCUGGUGGAGCCGGAGCGCCUCUUCACCUCCGCCGACACCCCCGACCUCACCCGGGCCGGCCCCCGGCCCUGGGGCUGA